AUGCCGAGCGGCGGGGGCAGUGGGAUUUCAGGAGGCGGCGAAAGCAGCUCGGUCGCAGCCGACUACAGACUCCGGUGGCUGCUGAUAGAGAGGUCGUGGUGUGGCGGAUUUGCUGAGCGAACUGAAAGCGCCUUCUCCAAAAUUGCAGAGAGAAUUGAGUUGGAAGCUUCUGUGAUUUUAAAAGAACAAGAAAGGCACAUUCUUCAUGAAACCUACAAGGAAACCACUGGAUGCAGGAGCAGGAAAGGUCCUAGACAUGGAUACUUGGCAAAGUAUCCGACCCGAAGCCAACUUAUGAAUGAACGAAUUGAAGAGCAAGCUCGUGCAUCUGCAUUAGCAGCAGCAGCCCAACAGAAGAAUAGUGAGAUGCAAGCUGAGGUAGAGAAGUUAAAAGAAAAGCUUACCAUUCAAGCCGCUAAGAGGGAGAGCGACAAGGAAAAAAUUCAGCAGCUGCAACAUCAACUGGAGAGUACAAGUAGCAAGAUUAGAGAAGAACUAAGGCAAGAGUUUUUUUCACUAAUCAAACAACACAAUCAAGCACCGCCUUUGACUGUACCAGAUAGUGUAUUGUUGAGCAAACAGAAGAGUAUCCAACCUAGUCGCCUCACUCGCAGCGCCAACAGAUCACUUUUCCCAAAUGAUAAAGAUAGUAAUGAGACGGUGACAUUUAUUACAUCACAAACACUACAAUGCAGAAAGAAAGGAGGAAAGGAAGAUCAACCUUGA